AUGAUAUAUGAAUUAGCUCCAUAUUUUCAAAAAUUAACAGCUAAAAUGUUAGCAGACAUUAAGAAGUAUGUGAUUAAAGAUCAAAUGGAUUCAAAAUCUAUUUACCUAUUGCUUAAGCAUAACUACUCAGAAAAUCCAAUUCAUAAACAUGAUUUAUAUAACACAGUAUAUCAAUUUCAAUAUGAGAAUAAUUUAGAAGAAUUAUUUGAAUUGCAAUGGGUUCAAUUAAUUGAAAAAUAUCCUAUAGUAGCAAAAUACUUGCAAGAUACACUUUAUAUUACUAAAGAUUCAUCUAAUACUAAUGCUAAAGCUAUCUAUGCAGAAUUACUUGGAUUAUCUAAAAAAGCUAUUAAUCUUGCUAUCAGGGUUAAUAUUCAACAAGAAUUAUCAAAUACUUUAAAAGAUUUUAUUCAUAAAACACAGGACCAAAUAAAUUAUCAAGAUAAUGAUCAACAAAAUAAUCAUUCUACUGCUGAUAUUAAUAAUCCAGCUAUCAUCAAGCAUAGGGGAAGACCUUCAAAAAGACUUAAGUCAAAUAUUAAAGAACUUUUACAUAAGGAAAAAUGA